AUGCUCAGGACGCGCGGUGUAGCCGCUGGGCAGGCCUGCGCCGGGCCGCAGAAGCUCCCGCGAGCCUGCCAUGCUCCCCGCGCUGCAGUACGUCGGCGCGUCUUGGUGGGCGGGCCGGGCUGCCGCCCCAGCCGGGCGCUCACUUGCCGUUCGACCACGCAAGGGCCCGGGGAGGGCGGGGCGCCCGCUGAGUCGUCGGAGCGAGCGGGAAACUCGAGCUCGUACCAAUGGUGCACAGCGCUGGAGACGGGGCAGGACCUCCGGGCGGCGAUAAAACGCGCGGUGGAGCGCUGCAAGGAACAGGCCGGGGAGGACGCCGACAAGCUCGAUGUCGCCCUCAUCUUCUGCGCUUCCUCCUACAAGAACCAGUACGAGCGGGUCGUGCCGAUGCUGCGAGAGUACGCGCCGAACCUCAAGACGGUCGUGGGAUGCAGCGGAUUCGGCGUCAUCGGGGCCGGGCAGGAGGACGGGCGCGCAAUGGAGCUGGAGCGGUCGCCGGGGGUGUCCGUGACGCUCGGACACAUCCCGGGCGCCUCGCUCACGGCGUUCCACGUCACGCCCAACGAAGUCCCCGACAUGGACUCGGCACCGGAGGCCUGGGGCAAGGCCGUCGGUGUGGAAGCAGAGGACAUGCAGGACGUCUCCGCGAUGGUUCUCUUCGGGGACCCGACGUUCGCGGCGGUGACCGACUUCAUGACCGGCCUCGACUAUGCAUUUCCCCGCGCCACAAAGAUCGGAGGCCUGUCCUCGAGCGGUCUGAUGAGCGAGCCGCGCGCGCUGCUGUGCUGGCAGGCCGGGUGCGCCCCGACGGGCUGCGGCAUCAAUAGUUCCCCGGCGGGGGAGUCGGAACUCGACGAGCCCGACGACGACGACGCCAUGGUGCCGACGCACAACCCGCCGCACCCGACCGCCACGGGCGCCGGGGAGGGCGCGGUGGUCGACGCGCUCGUCUCGGAGGCGCACCCCAGCCCGCCUGGGCCGCACUCACACCCCCCCGAGGGAAUGUCGUCGUCCUUCAAACAGAAGCGCGGGUGGGGGCCCGGGAGCCCGGUCCCGCUGUUCGACGAGUACCGGGCCUUCGUGCAGGAGGGCGUCGUCGGGCUGGCCAUUCGCGGGGACGUCCACGUCGAGCCGAUCAUUGCUCAGGGCUGCCGGCCGCUGGUGGAGAACACGUACACGAUCACGAAGUGCAACGGGAACGUCAUCCUCGAGAUCGAGGACCAGUCGCAGGAGCGCAUGCGGCCGCUGCAGGCCCUGUCGAACGCGCUGGAGGAGGUGCGCAGGUCGCUCGACAGCGACGCCGAGCUCGAAGAAAUGGCGCGGAACAUCAACGUCGCGGUGGCCGCGGACCCCCUGAAGCCCCUCGAAGCGCUCAGCGCCGGCGACUUCCUCGUCCGGGCGAUCGUUGGCGCCACGCAAACAGGCGAGCUCGGCGUUGGCGACAUGAUCAAGGUGGGACAGCGGCUACGCUUCAUGGUGCGUGACCGCGCGGGCGCGUUGCUGGACUUGAGCCAGCACGCGACGGACUACAAGCGCCGCGACCUCGAGGCGUCCCUGCGGGGGAACCCGCGCCCGCCGGCGUUCGGCGCGCUGGUCUUCACCUGCAACGGGCGCGGGAAGGGGCUGUACGGGGCGGAGCUCCCGAGCCACGACGCGCGGACGAUCCAGUCGUUCGUUCCUGUGGGGAUGUCGGGGUUCUUCGCGAACGGCGAGAUCGGGCCCGUGGGCGGGGCGACGCGGCUGCACGGGUUUACGUGUGCGGCGGCGAUUCUGCGGCAGGGCAGGAAGGAGGUGGCCGACGGGCCCGCGGAGGGGGAGGGCCCGCCGGGCGAGGGCUGGGCGGGGCCCUGCGAUAUUUGA